AUGUCUGUUCCUUUUUCGAGCCCGUUCGGGGCCAAUGCAAACCCCUUUGGCAACGAUCGGUCACAGAAUGUUAUGCACAGCCUGGCCGAGGAAGAUGAGAAUGAGAAUGGCAGGAACCAAACCACAGGGAUCGGCCCGGGUGCUGGCAUCAGCUUUGCCGGAACCUUUGGUGGCGAUGCCAGCACAGAUACACCUCCAACUGUCCGAGGCCCUCCACACCCAGACAGCUAUCCUGCCCAAUACAACUUUGCUCGUCGCACCUCGGUGUCGGCUGAGUCGCUAAAGCCCAGUGCAGACAGCUACGACAACUGGUCGCCCCCUUUUCAUGAAAAGACUGCCGACCAGUUGGGGCGUCUCAAAAGGGCUAUCGAGGGCAACUUCUUGUUCAGCCAUCUCGACGAAGAGCAAACUGCCCAGAUCCUCGGCGCGUUGGUUGAAAAGCCAAUUCCUGCCAAGGGUAUCAAGGUCAUCAGCCAAGGUGAUGCUGGCGACUUCUUCUACGUCGUGGAGAAGGGAUCAUUCGAUGUCCACGUCAACCCCAGUGGGACCAUCCAGCCUGGGCCGGACGGCUUGGGUGAGCAGGUUGGGAAUAUCCAGGCCGGAGGAUCAUUUGGUGAACUCGCCCUCAUGUACAACGCCCCACGUGCUGCCACAGUCAUUUCCGUUGAACCCAACUGCACGCUAUGGGCCUUGGACCGCAUCACAUUCCGCCGCAUACUAAUGGAGUCGACCUUUGCCAGGAGGCGAAUGUACGAGACCUUCUUGGAGGAGGUUCCACUCCUGUCAUCAUUAACGCCGUAUGAGCGGUCCAAGAUUGCUGAUGCCCUCGAAACCAAGAAGUAUGCCCCGGGCGAGAUCAUCAUUAGGGAAGGGGACCCAGGUCAUUCAUUCUUCUUGCUAGAGAGCGGCGAGGCAGACGCCUUCAAGGGUGACCAAAGCAACAAGGUGCUGCAUUAUAAGAAGGGGGACUUUUUUGGUGAAUUGGCCCUGCUCAAUGAUCAGCCUCGAGCUGCCAGCGUUAUGGCUUCGACGGAGGUCAAGGUGGCAACGCUUGGCAAGAAUGCUUUCCAGAGACUCCUGGGUCCUGUAGAGGGUAUUCUGCGCCGUACCAGAUACGAAGGUGUCGCCACUGGAGUCGAGGAAAUGGACCCUCUGCACCGCGACUAG